GGACACAUACACACAGAAAAUUGAAGACUUGAUGGAAAUGGUGAAAAAGUUGCAGAAAGUGGGAACUCUAGAACCACGGAUUGAGGUCCUGAUUAACCGAAUUAAUGAGGUUCAGCAAGCAAAAAAGAAAGCCAGUGAAGAGCUGGGAGAGGCUAGAACUGUCUGGGACGCUCUGCAGAAGGAACUGGACGCGUUGCAUGAAGAGAAAAUACGACUGAAGGAGAUCUUGAGCAAAAAACAAGAAACCCUGAGAAUCCAUCGGCUGCAUUGCCAAGAAAAGGAAAAUGAGGCCCAUAGGAAGCACACCCUGUUGCAAGAGUGCAAGGAGAGGAUUUCUUCUCUGAACUCCCAGAUUGAGGAAGAGAAGAAUAAACAGAGGCAGCUGAGGUUGGACUUUGAGCAGCAGCUGGAGACUCUGAUGGGCCAACACAAGGACCUCUGGGAAUUUCAUAGGCCAGAGCAUCUAGCAAGGGAGAUUUGUGCCUUGGACAGCAACAAGGAUCAACUGCUGAAGGAAGAGAAGCUGAUUGAGGUGAAGCUAGAGGAUGUGAAACAUCGACUAUUCUCCCUGUGUGGUCCUGGGGGACCCUCCACCCUCACGGAGGGACUCUUCCUCCGGAGCCAGGAGGCAGCUGCAACAGUGGAAAUGUUUAAGGAGGAGAACAAGAAAGCUGCGGAGCUCCUGGAGGCUGCAGCCCAGCAACACCAGCAGCUGCAGCAGAAGUGCCAGCAUCUGCAGCAGAAGCAGCAGAGGCUGAAGGAAGACUUAGAAAAGCAUGGGCCUCAGAUCCUUGCUCAAGCCAAGAGCAUGCAAGAAGAGGCCACCUCACAAAAGGCGGCCAGUCCUAAGUGUCUAGAAAUCUGUAAGGAGAAAGACCAGGAGUCACUCACCAAGCAGGGCCUGAUACCCUCCUAAACCAUG